CCCUGGCAGCUGUCUGGGGCUGGCUCAAUCUCACUGACGUGUCGGGAGCUAGUUGGGCAGAAGAAAUCUGGCACCACAGCAUAAUAUGAAACCUUAGAUCACAAGGGCAGAACUUGUUCAGACUGAUUCUAUGAAUACCUGUGUGUGUGGGGGGGGCACCUAUCAUGGAAGGAGGAGAACUACCUUGGCUUUUGGUAAAUGAAAUUGGUGGCAUACGUGGGAUACUGCAUAGCCAUGUGCCAUUCCUGAAGAAACAUUUCCAUCUCAUCACCAUGAAGGAAUUUCUUGAAAACAGAAAGGAUGUAGGCAAAAAGGUCCAAGCAAUCUAUUUGUGGUGGCACAAACCAGUCAUCGACAAAGAGCUACUCCAGAGCCUGCCAAACUUAAAAGUGAUUGCGAAUUCGGGGGUGGGGAUGGAUCACUUGGAUCUGAAGCUUAUAGCUAGCUUUGGUGUGAAGAUGGCUAAUGCUCCACGUGCUGUUUCCAGCGCCACAGCAGAUACUGGGAUGGCUUUGCUGCUAGCAUCUGCUAGAAGACUCGUGGAAGUCCAUAACAUUUCAAUUUCUCCUAGUAUGGACUACUGUGAAGCUGAUAUUCUGGGAGUUAAAGUUUCUGGAGCUACUCUGGGGAUCAUUGGCAUGGGCCGCAUUGGGUAUAAGAUUGCUGUGAGAGCCAAAGCAUUUGAAAUGAACAUUUUGUAUCACAACAGGACACAGAGGAAAGUGCAAGAGGAGCAAGCUGUUGAUGCCACUUACUGCAAAAAGAUAGACAGUUUGCUCCAGCAGGCAGAUUUUGUGAUGCUGGUGGUGAGCCUGACACCUCAGACACACAAGCUGAUCGGGAAAAGAGAGCUGGAGCUGAUGAAACCCACAGCUACCCUGAUUAACAUCAGCCGAGGUACCAUCCAGAUCCAGAUCCACUGGCCGGCCUCACAGCGUGCUCCUGCUGUGUCCCACAGCCCCGUGCUGCAUCCAGAACAGCUGGGGCGCAUGGCGAGGAUGAUGAGGUGCAGUAGUUGACCAAGAGGCGCUGGUGGCAGCUCUGCAGACCGGUGUUAUCAGGGCCGCAGCUUUGGAUGUCACCUCCCCAGAACCACUGCCCAGGUUGCUGUCUCUGCUUAUUUCUCAGGAAGCAUGGGGGAGCCCUGCUGAGAGCAGAGGCAUCCCUGCAGCAGGCAGGAAGCUGGCUCCCCAGCCCCUGGCAUGAGUUUGGAGAAAAGUGCCAUGAAUGGGAAUGGGAUGCAGCCCAGACAUAGGGGCUGAUAACAGACCAAAGGGAAGCCUGGGAGCCAGGAAACAGCAGGAGGCAGGGAAAGCAUUUAAACCCAGUCCUUAGAAUCACCGCCUGAAGCUGCAGCAGUGCUUCACUUGCAAAUUGCUUUAUUAGAAAGUGCAGCUUGCCAUUUUUAAUGGGUGGAAGCUGGAGGUGUCCUGCACAGGCUUCUUUCACAAUACAAAGCUGAAGUACUGCAAACCUCUUGGGCCCAGAGACUGCUUAGCUUCUCUAAAAAGACAACCAGGAUGGUGCCUUUUGGAAUUAACUGUGCUGGCUGCAUUUUGGGUUGUGGGGAGUUUGGUUUUGUUGUGUCUGUGCACAAAUAACUACAGCUGAGACUAUUGCGUAAGGUGAAUGCAUCAGGAGGGUUUAAUCCUCUCUUCUGACAUAGUUCAAAUUGCUGCCUCAUGGCAGAAGUGUGUUUCUGGAGAGAAGAGCUACUUAUGAAGUCUUUGCAUGUCCUAUUACCAUCCAAAAUUACUUCAAUAUAGGUGCUCUGGUUCUCUGGGUCUAAGUGGGACUUGUAAAGCUGUAUCAAUUAACUGUAAAUACAGUGCAAAAGCUAAA